GAAGCAAUGAUGGCGGCAGCGGGAUGCGGAUCAGCAACCGCAGCUGCCGUAGGAGGCCAAGGUGGAACCGCUACGGCCAGAGGUCGUUUCCCCGGUCGGCCUUGGUCAUCACGCAGUCGUUUGCGUUCGGAGAAGCGAUGGCAGCUCGGGCGAUCAAGCUCAGAGGCUGACGAUGUGACUACCGGAGGGCCAAGGCCCGCAAACCUGGGUCCUUCGUUAAACGAAGACCAGUCUCACUUGCGCCUACUUGGGAUUGAGGCAAGCCACAAGAUCCUUGGGCAAGCUGGUUAUAGUUCUAGUGGAAGCGAAGAGGGUGAUGAUUUCAAAGGAUUUGAAGCUGAGAAAAAAGGCUCAGUGGAAACUGUGACAUCACAACCAAUUUCUUCCAAAGGUGAUGCUGUCAACACAAAAUCUAGACGAAAAAGUGAGAAGCCACCGCGAAAAAUACCAGCGAAGGAGGAAGCUGUCCCCCCUGAUCCUGUUAAAGAUGUUAAAGCUGUGCAAGAAGUGCAGAGCGCGGCUUCUGAAAUAAAGCCAGCAAAAACUUCAAAAGGAAAAAACACUACGGAUCGACAGUCCGCUAAAAGCAAACCUUUAGCAACACCGAGGAUUACAAUAAAGUUAGUGGCCAAAAAGAAAGUGAAAACUAUAAAAGAGCCUCAAAAGAAAUCAGCAAAAAUUUUGAAGGCGAAAGAAGAAGUGCAGGACCUGCCUGUUGUGAAGGACAUUCAGGAUGACCAGAUUUUAAGUGCUCACAUCAAAUUAAAAGCAGAAACAUUUGUGGACGAGCAGCAAGGCACUGAGGAUAAAGGAGCGAAGACCAUGCCUACGAGAAGACGGGGGAGGUCUUCUGUGAAGCCAGCACCACUUGUUAGCCAGACUACUGCCAAAGUUGUGGUCGAUGACCAGAAAUCAACAGAGAAAGAACUGACUGACACCAGAAAGGACAGUGAGUGUGUAGAGCCAAAACCGAACAAAAAGGAAUUAAAGAAAAAGAAAGUGGUUGCUCCUCAGGGUUCUGCAGGUAAACAAGUGACACGUCGGAGCAACAGAGUUACUAACCCAGUCCUUAAAACAGACACAAACAGUGUACCUGAAACAGAAAAUCUGAGUAAAACUACUACUGUUCUGACAGAAUCUACAUCACAAGUUCCAGAUAAAGUUGAGGCCAAACCAUUAGCUGGUAGAGAAAGACGGAGGCAAAGCAAGCGGCUAAAUAAAAACGCUUCAGUGCCAGAAAAUCAAGACUCAGCUUCCACAGAGCCUGAUCAUUUGGCUAUAAAAAACAGAGACAAUUUGUCUUGUAAAAGUGAGGAAAUGAGGGUUCCAAGCCUAAAGUUAAUAAAGAUCAAAAACCCUAAAUACGAUCCGCAUGCCAGUGCGAAGACUUCAUCUCGCAAGAAAAAACGAAGAAAACAUAUCUGGACUUUAGCGUUGAUGAAUGAAGGGGGUCAGACUCUGGGUGCUGGAAAUGAGGUCAAAGUACCAACGGAGGCCGUUUGCAAAGUGGAUCAGCUCCCUCCCAGUGAUACCAGCAUCACCAAAAGUGUAAAACGACGGGGUAAAAAAUCAAAACAGGAGAAUAUCGACGCACAGCAAAAUGUGACGAGCAUUGAGAAGGAUCUCCAACAAAACGUUGUCUUGGAAAAAUCAAAUUCACUGGAGCAAGCUGAAGUAGAACCCACACCUGAGACGCCUACUCAAGAAAUGCCUAAAAUUGAUUCUGGAAAGGUUGUACCACCCCUUCAAAUCAAAAAGGUUUCCUCACCCAAUAAACGUAAAAGCUCAAAGCCGUCAUUUUUGAUCCAGCAGGUUAGCUCUGUGCCCGAAAAGAAAGAGGAUGUUUUGAAAGAUCCAGUCGAAGCUCCUGAGGAUAAGUCGUCUUCUUUGGAUGUUGAGGCCGCGCCUACAACAAAACUAAGGAGACGGACAUCAAAUCUUGAUUCACCACAAACAAAAUCUGUCCGCCAAAAGCCAGUGACUACUCAGAAACGAAAGUUAAGAAACAGUGCACGGGAGGAAGAGGCUCCGCAGGCGCAAGUCGAGUCUUCUCAGGUUUCAACAGAAGAUUCCACCUCACAAGCGCUUCCCACAAACACUUGUCACCUUUCGGCUGAGGCUCCACCACAGAUGACCACUGUAAACUCCUCCGAAGUUCUCGAGAAGGACACCUCAAAGAUUACGCACGAUCCUGCUCAGUUGCCAGGUGCAGUUCCUGCGCAGUUGCCAGGUGAAGUUUGUCUGCAAGAGGAAGAGAAAGAAGUAAAGCCACAGCCUGAAGAGGCUAAACCCUUACCUGUGCCUUCCAGGCCUAGAAAACCUAGAAAUAGUAAAGUAAGGAAAAAGAAGCGUGUUCAGAAGAAGGUGGUGGCUGUUUCUCCUGAUACAACGGUAGACGCAACUCCUGUUGUUGAUUCUAUUGACUUAGAGCCUGUUCAAAAGGAAAAUGCUCAGCCUCCAGCCAUAGAAGUAAGUCAGCCAGAGGCAAAAGAAGGUGCACUGCAAGAGGAUCUAACAGAGACCAAACAAGACACUGGACUAGUGGAAGAAGAGCAUAAACAGCCACCAGUUAAAGAGGAACCAGAUAUGCAGUUAAUCGAUAGUCAGCCUUCAGCCGUGUUGGAAAGUCAAGCAAGUGAUUUAAAAACAUUAAAGGAAUCUGCCAAGAAAUUAAAAAAGAGACGCAAAAACUUAAUUGGACAGCGUCCAAAAUACAAACGCAGAGGCAGAGAUGGGAAGUUUGCUCUUAAAUUAGCUAAACGUCAAAGGGUCAGUGAGGUAGAUGAUAACAAUUCGGAAUCGUUGGCAGAUCCUGCUUCAUCUCCGAGCUCUAAACUCAUUGGAAUACAGAAAAAGUACAAGAAGAAACAGCCAGGUCUUCAUUUUAUUGAACCCACAGGGUCCAAAUCAUCUCAAAUCAUUUCUGCACUGAUGGAAGUGGGACAGGAAAAGGGGAGUUUGAAGCAAGAAGCAGCGGACACCCCAGUAGACUCAGGACAAACGGAUGUGAGCGCUCAGCCUGGUAAGUCAAAGUUUGUCAAAAACAUCAAGCACUUCAUCAUGCCCGUUGUAAGUGCUAGGUCCUCGCGAGUUAUUAAGACUCCGCAGAGGUUCAUGGAUGACGCUGGGAUGUCUGUGUUACCUCGAAGAAACUCCCCGAAAAAGGGAUUACAGCUGGGCUUGCCAGUUCGUCCAGUAAAGAGGCGAGACGACGACGCAGACAGAGCCAUAUCCCCCAUCUUUUCCAUGGAUGAGGAAGAUAUACUGAGUGAAGCUCAGUUAGAUGUUGAUGUGUUUUCAGCUCAGGACCUGGACGACGAGCUCGAUUUAGCAGAAGGUCUGUUUUCUGAGCGAAAGUCUGGCAAAAAUGAACUGAAAGAGCCCCUUCUAAAUAACUCGAGCUUCAAGUGGCACCUUUCAGACGACUCUAGCGAGGAGGUGUAUGCAUUGGACAAAAUCCCAGAGAGCAAAUGCGACGACCUCUUUUUAUCAUCUACGAUGGAUAAAGCUCCAGAACCACCACUGGACCUUGUUGACUCUUUGAAAAAGAAAAGUUCACCCAAGUUUAACAAGCAAGCAGCUCAUCUCAAAAUUUAUCAAAGACUAAAGAAGCCGCACCUGGGGCUUCCAAAGAGCAGAAGCACACCAGAGGUUGAGCCUGUGAGUAAGCCGCCUCAGCCUCCCGUUGAUUUAGCAGAAGGACUGGAUGAUGAGGUCAUGAGCAUAAGUCUGAGACAGCGGGACACGAGCACAGAAAAAGACAAGUCCAAGCUCAAGAUCGAAGACCUUGAUUCUCCUGGAGUGGUGAGAAAGGUUGCUGUGUGCGUUCGGACCUCCAACUCCAACACACUUACUUUACAACCAAGCCAAGAGGAAGAUUUAGCAAGAAAUGACUCUGCCCAGCUUGACUCAGAGAAGCUGCAGCCAGUGCAGAAGUCGGACGAAGGCGUUCAUCUUGGUUCCUUCGAAAAGGGAGUGCCACAAAGGUCACGCCUCACUGGGGCAAAUAAAAGAAUGUUGAAUCUCCUCAGGAAAGCCAAGGUUCAACUCAUUAAAAUUGAUCAGCAGAAGCAGCUUAAGUCCUCUGGGCUGUUGUUUGGCCCAGCCGGAACCAGGUCGCACGAUAUCUCCUCGAAGAGACAAAGGAGGAAGCAGAGGAUGCAGCUUUAUCCUGAUGUGCCGGUCAAGACGGAGCCACUUCAAGGACAACCACAGCUCAUCUCCCCACUUUGCCAGGAGUUCCGCAGAGCCGGGGGGCCACGGAUCAAGCAUGUGUGUCGUGCUGCCUCGGUGGUGCUGGGGCAGCCUCGAGCCUUGGUACCCGACGACAUUCCCAGAUUAAGCGCCUUGCCUCUGCAUGAGAGAUCUGGCAUUUCCCCGUCAGCUGUCAAUCAAGAUAUUGGGUCUAUGUCGGAGUCCGACAGCCCGGGACUGUCAGAUCAGAAAGUAACAAAGUGUAAGAAGUCAUCGAAUUUUGUGAAACGGAAAGGACUGGGGCCUUUUGGGUACCGCUCUCGGAGGUGUGGAGUGUGCAAAGGCUGCAACCACGAGGACGAUUGUGGCAAGUGCAUCAACUGCCUCGACAAGCCCAAGUUUGGUGGUCCCAACACAAAGCGGCAGUGUUGUGUGUAUAAGAGAUGUGAUCAAAUCGAAGAGAGGAAAGCACGCAGACUUAGUGGCAGAACCGUUCCCAAAGGUUCCACGAAGCGUAGGCGGUCGUCUCUCAGCGGGGGUCAUUCUAGUAACGACGAAGGGAACGACGCAGCCGGGGACUCGCCAUCUGGUCUCCACACAGACUGCAACAGUCCGUCAGUGAGGAAGCAGCCGAAGCGUGUCGUAAAACCGCGAGUUUAUUUUGACCUGGUGGAUUACGAGUCAGACCUGGACGAGAAGACCCUCUCUAGUUCUGCCUCACCGGGGAGGAGACGGGGGGCUGGACCUCGCUUCAGUCAAGACUUUGUGUCUCUGGAUGGGUUCUUGGAAGACUUUUCAGACGAUGAAGUCAGACAACGCAAAUCUAGUUCUCAUCGGGUAUCGCAGAGUCGACGGAAACCUGAGAAGGUUCUUCCAUCUCAGAGCUCUUUGGAGCAGACCCCUCCCAGUGUCCUCGCUGCCCUGGCUCACGGGUUCGAGCAGCGAGAAGUUGAAUCUUCUAAACCAACUCACAAAAUCAGGGUCGACUUCAAGGAGGACUGCACCUUGGAAAACGUCUGGAGUAUGGGGGGUUUAAGUGUACUGACCUCUGCGCCUCUCAUGCCACCCUACGUUUGCUUCCUUUGUGCCAGUAAAGGUCAACAUGAGAUGUUGUACUGCCAGGUGUGCUGUGAGCCCUUCCACCAGUUUUGUCUCGAACCCGCCGAGCGCCCGUCUGAGGAGAACAAAGAAAACUGGUGCUGCCGGCGCUGCAAGUUCUGUCAUGUGUGCGGAAGAAAGAACAAGCUCUCUAAGCCUUUACUGGAAUGUGAACGCUGCCAGAACUGUUAUCACGCUUCCUGUUUGGGACCAAACUAUUCAAAGCAGCCCAAGAAGAGGAAGGCCUGGGUUUGUAUGACGUGCAUCAGGUGCAAAAGCUGUAGUGUCACACCAGGGAAGACUUGGGACACGGACUGGAACCAUGACAAAGGCCUCUGUCCAGACUGUUCUAAACUCUAUGACCAGGGUAAUUACUGUCCGAUCUGUUUUAAAUGUUAUGAAGACAAUGACUAUGACAGCCAGAUGAUGCAGUGUGGCACAUGUAACCACUGGGUGCAUGCCAAGUGUGAGGAUUUAACAGAUGAGCUGUAUGAGAUCCUGUCUAGCCUGCCUGAGAGUGUGGUGUAUUCAUGUCAGCCGUGCAGUGUGACCCAGCCCAGUGCAUGGAGAGAGCUGCUCUACAUUGAACUCCGGGCGGGGGUGGAGAAGGUGCUAGCUUGCCUACUCUCCUCCACCCUCACCCAGCACCUUGUUACGUGCUCACAGUGUGAAACGAUGGUCGAUCCUGACAGUGGACUGGAAGGGCAGCCAGCCUGUGACCUCCGAGCUGUUGGCAAGAAGUUUGACAAAGGCCUGUAUACAUCACUGAAAAUGUUCCAUGAAGAUGUGGUUCAGGUGGUGCGAAAGAGACUUGAACUAGAAGAACAUCUUCCCGAUGAGAAAAGACCUACUGCCCUCGCACGCUCGUACUACUUAAAGCUCCUUGAAGAGGUGUUUAACUGGUUCAACGGCCAGGACCCAAAGCUGUGGAACAUUUCCACUAAAGGCUUGCCGUUGGGGAUGUUGUCCCAGGCUAUUCAUCCUCCCACAACAGAGCAUGUUUAUGCCCAGUGGCAGGAGAGGAAGGCGCUCUUGUCCAGGCCUCCACUGGGUCUCCUGCAGGAAGAUAAUGGACAAAGCCUUGACAUAAAGGAGGAAGAGGCAAUGUCUCCUAUGUCAGGAGAUCCAGCAAACUGGAAUAAUUUUAAAACCAGCAGGACUCUCAAAGUCAAAGGGAGGAGAGGCAGACUUUCAAAAGCUGAUCUAGACACUGGAUGGACUACAGAUGAUGAACGGCAGUGCUCAUUGUGCCAAAAAUAUGGUGACCUGAAACCUAAUGAGGCUGGCAGGUUACUGUACCUGGGCCAGAAUGAGUGGGCACACAUCAACUGCUGUCUGUGGUCCGCAGAGGUGUUUGAAGAAGACAAUGGUUCUCUGCUGCACGUGCACAGCGCUGUCGCGAGGGGGCGCUUGAUGCGAUGUGAACGCUGUAAUCAGACGGGCGCCACUGUGGGAUGCUGUUUGACUUCUUGUCAAAGUAACUACCACUUCAUGUGCGCCCGCUCCCGGCAGUGUGUAUUCCAGGAUGAUAAAAAAGUCUACUGCUACAAACAUCGGCAUCUCAUCAGUGGCAGGAUGAUAACUGGUCAGGAGUUUGAAGUAAACCACAGAGUUUAUGUGGAUUUUGAAGGUAUCAGCCUUCGCAGAAAGUUCCUGACUGGCGUGGAACCUGAACUGAUCAACGUGAUGAUUGGUUCCUUGCAGAUUGAGAAGUUAGGUGUGCUGACUGAACUUUCAGCUUGCAAAGGCAAAUUGUUCCCUGUGGGGUUUCAGUGUUCACGGUGGUACUGGAGUACAGUGAAUCCAUCAAGGCGUUGCAGAUAUACAUGUACAGUCCGAGAAGUCCGGCCCAUAGUCCCAGAGAAGCCUGUUGAAGAAAUGCCUGACCAAGGGGAAAACCAAACCAUCGCUCACAGCCCCCAUCAACUACCUGAAUCUGAAGCCCAAGAAAGUGAAGUGUCAGAAACUCAACCCCCAGCCGAAGAAAGUUUUGUCCCAGGUCUUCCCUUGAAGUCAGACCACAAUGCAAAGCCAAAAGUUCCCGCUCACCCCCUUCCCAGAAGACCAGCUGGAGGAUUGUCCCGACCUCUUCCAUCUCCAGGUCUAAUCCAGACAAAACCCCACCACAUUCUGACCGUAAGUGAUCUGGAAGAGACUCGAAGAGCUCGUCGCCAUAGCCCACACUCUCAGUCAUCGGGUCUUCGUGGUCGCAUGUCUCCCCCACCUCUGGCUCCUCUAACUGGACCUGCUACCCUUCGCUCUGUCAAAUCUACCCUGCCUACUUCUCCACUGUUCCCGCUGUCAGACAACUCCAUGAACUGUCUGUCAUCCCGCUCAGUCGGAGCAAGAAACGCCUCCUCGGGUCGUUGCCAUGGGAAUACAUCAACACAUUGUACCUCAUCAUUCUUUCCUCAUUCUCACUGGCAGGACACUUCAGCCUCUAUAAGUUUGCCUUACUCCUCAUCCUUGCAACAUUUACCCAGAAAUCGUUUGUCAUUUGAACUAAACCAGUCAGACUCUGUGGAGGUACCACACAACUUCUUGGCUUCCCCAGAACCUGAAGAUAUCUCUCCAACAAAUGGUACAUCACCCCAUGGAGACAUGAGCAAACACAACAAAGAUUUUUCCUACAGUUCGUUCCACAGAGAUUCCAAUAUGAGUCUGGGUGAGGAGAUGCGGGCUGAACUUGAGAUUGAAGAAACACUUCUGAAUGAAGGAGUGGCUAUGAACUGUGGGGGUCAGAUAGUGGUGGAAGGUGAGGAUCAGGAGGAAUUCUGGGGAAGAACCCAAGAAGUGCACAAGAAGAAAAACCUUGUCGCAAAUCUUCCACGAUCUGCAGCCUCUGGCAAGGAAGACUUAGGAAACACGUCCUCCGAUGAUGACAUGGACCACUAUUUUGAUUUUUCACGAACAAUAGUCAGCCGCCCACUAUCAAAAGAUCGGUCCAAGUCCCCUUCCUCCUCUUCUUCGCGGCCCUUGGCGCAGCUGGAUGGCAUAGAUGAUGGUACAGAGAGUGAUGCGAGUGUAGCAACUACUGAAGAUACUCAGAAAAUGGGUGAAUCUGACAAAAAACAGAUGCAAAGCAAAAUCCUUAAAAAUAAAAAUGCUUCUGAAACCACAAAUAGCAAAACACCUCCCAACACUUCAUUAAAUGAUAAACAAACAGAAUCUUCAGUUGCUGUUUUAGUUUCCAAACGAAGUACAAGUGACCGUUCACCUCAGCGUUUGCCUUUUCCUCGUGAUGCCAGCGAAAGCUCAGCCACCCCUUCAGUCGAUCAAAACAACAUACUCGCUCCAGUUGUUCACUGUCUUCCUAAUUUACUCACAAAGGUGCCUGAGACGUAUUCAGAGGAGACAUUUGUAGGUUCCAGUGUAGGUUUUGCCCCUGAAACACCUCUUGUUUUUGAGAGAUGUGACAGUAGCCCGUAUUUCACAGAACUACUUCCUGUGCUACAAGAUACUCCAAACCAGUCCGAGGCUUGUAAAGACCCUGAAAGUAACAGCUUUGUAUUUAAGGGGUCUACUGUGCUGAUGAACCACUUGGCAUCUAAUAGGAUUGAACCCUUGUUAGCAGAGUCUGCCGAAAUAACCCAGAGCUCUCUGUUGGAUCUCCUUGAACCUUCUCCUUUAAUGUCUUCUGAUGGCCAAAACCCCUCACAAUGCCUUGAUGAUUCUCUUGAGUUGUAUUCUUGUUUACCAGGUUUCAGUCAGCCUCCUCUCAGGAGUAUUACGCUUCAGCCGGUGACGGCAACACAAGAAACGACAAACUUGCCUCUCGUCGAGCCUUUCUCUGCUAAUCUAACGAACCUCACUCCUGUGGAAGAUGUGACGGAAAUGCAGCUAAACGUUGCAAAUCCAAAUAAUCCAGGGUUACCAGCAAUGCUGGGGACUUGUCCCCCAGCAGAAACUUGUGCUACCAUUUCCAUUUCUGCAUACCCCUCACAAACACAGCAGUUCAGCUCUGCAGCUGUCACCACUGUUUCUUCCACCCCUUUAGUAUCAACACUCUGUUCAACUGCUCCAACACCAUUACAUACCACUGCCGCCCCCAUUAUCCUGAAUGGUUAUAGCUCUUCGUCUGUGCCAAAGGAAGCCACGGCUGGUCACACAAUCUCCAUCAACUUCUCCACACCCAGGCCAGCUAUGGAACCUCAGCAACCAGUGCUGUCCCAGGCGUUACCAGGUCACGCUAUCCUUACUGUUAAGGAGGUAGGAGGUCCGAAUGUUGAUCCUACGCCACAUGUACUUCUGGUGAACCGGCUCGGUCAGAUAUUUGUGAAGAACCCUGAAAGUAACACCUUCCAGCUACCCACUCCCAACUCCCCCUCCUACAAUUGUGUUUCUCAAAUUGCCAACCUCUUGCAGAGUAACGCACUUUCAGCCACGCUGGCGGCUGCUGGUAACAUGAUGGCAGCACCGCCCAGCGCCAACAUGGCAGCUGUCACUGCGUCAGUCACACCUGCUGUGCAGAAUCCAGCUACAGUCACUCAGCUGCUGACCAACAGCAACAAUAAUAACGGUGCAGUGGCAUUGUCAAAUGUGAAAAAGUCAAGAAAAAACCUCAAAGUACCAAAAGAUGAAACCGUACCAGAGAUGAAAAAACCAAAGAAAAAGAAGGAGUCUAAUUCAUCAAAAAAAUCCAAGUCGUCCAAGGCAGCAGGGCAGGCUUCCUUGUCUACAGAAACUCAUCCUGUAACUCCUGCUGAAAGUGCCCAGGCCAUUAUUAAUCAAGCAAUGGCGAGUAACUACACCCCUAAGUGGAGCGGGCUCCAAACCAUGAGUCCUUCCUCCCUGGUUUUACCACCUGGCCUUUUAAUUGAACCAGAGCCGCCAGUGUCACCACACUCUCCUUCGCCACCACCAGCUCCUGCACCUCGUCCUCGUACCCACGUCCGCAUGAAAAGAGUGUCGUCGCUUUCGGAUCGCAUUGUCACCAAGAAGUCGAAAGUUGACUUCUUGCAGCCAGAGUCCAUCAGUGAGGACGAGGAGCACGCAGAGGCAGCUUUUCCCAGCAUCUCCAGCAGAGCCUCAGGAGUUCGCAUCAAAACCCCAACAGUGAAAGGAGUCCUGAACCUGGAUGAGCUAAAGGACAUGAAUCACAUGAGUGAUUCCGAUAGCUCAGGGUCAGAGCCUUUGAGUUAUUUGUCUCAGGAUGAACAGGGCGAGCAGCAUGCAUGGGAACCAGUGGGACACAACAAUCUCACAGACUGGAAGAAGUACUCUGGUGCUGCCUCAACAUCAGACGAUGAGCUGUCGUCAUCUGUUGAUGACGAAGAAUGUCCAAUUAACAGAGAGCAGCCGCGUCUGAGAUUUGAAAUCUCCAGCGAUGAUGGUUUCACUGUGGAGGCAGACAGUAUAGAGGUGGCUUGGAAAACAGUGAUAGAUGGUGUGCAGGAGGCUCGAGCGAUAGCCAGACUCCGGCCUCUGACCUUCCAGAAGAUCACUGGUGCCGACAUGCUUGGACUGGUCCACGACGCUGUGGUUUAUCUGCUGGAACAACUUGAAGGAGCUCAUCGAUGUCAGCGACAUACCUUCCGUUUCUUCAAACAGUUCAGCCAGGAGGAUGAUCUGCCCGUGAAUCCCAGUGGCUGUGUCCGCUCUGAGCUUUACGUUAGGAAAUCUACUUUUGACAUGUUCAACUUCCUGGCCUCUCAGCACAGACAGCUUCCUGAUAUCGGACCUUACGAUGACGAGGAAGAUGAUGUUCUUUUGAAGUCCACGAGACGGGCUACCAGUUUGGAGUUGCCCAUGGCCAUGCGUUUCAGACACCUGGAGAGAACGUCCAAGGAGGCUGUGGGGGUCUACAGGUCUGCUAUUCAUGGGCGCGGUCUGUUUUGUAAGAGGAACAUCGAGUCAGGGGAGAUGGUCAUCGAGUACGCCGGCAUCGUCAUUCGCUCUGUGCUCACCGACAAAAGAGAAAAGUACUACGAUGGCAAGGGUAUUGGCUGUUACAUGUUCCGCAUCGACGACUUCGACGUGGUGGACGCGACCAUGCACGGCAACGCAGCCAGGUUCAUCAACCACUCCUGCGAACCCAACUGCUACUCCCGAGUGAUCAACGUGGAAGGUCGGAAGCACAUCGUCAUCUUCGCGCUCCGGAAGAUCUACAGAGGGGAGGAGCUCACCUACGACUACAAGUUCCCCAUUGAAGACGCCAGCAACAAACUGGGCUGUAACUGCGGGGCCCGGCGAUGUCGGCGCUUCCUUAACUGAGGAGCGAAAAAAGGAGUGGGGUUCCCGCCUUUUUUUAUUUUUUAUUUUUUUGCCUUAACUGAAUGUGGCUCUGCGUUGAAGCUGCAGACAAUGCACGCAGCUAUGAAAGUUGCGAUAGAGAGAAUUCUGUCACCCACACCUGAGCCCACACAGCAGUUGUCAAGGAUGUGGUUUUACUAUUUCUGACAGCGCAGUAGUUCUAACGGAAAUACGGUCAUAAAUUCAAAGGAAUCGGACGCCAGCAGAAAAUGAUUCUGGUACACUCGCCAAGCCUUAUAUGUUUGAAUCAUCACUGAAAAUCUUCACAGCUUGAUUCCUUGUUUUAUUUAUUUCUAGGAGGGAGAUGUCCAUUGAACACGUAUUGUUACGACCGCUCCAUCUUCUGGUGACAGGUGCUUUCGUUGCACCCCUCUCCCC